GUAACAGAACGUUGCUUCUGAGCUCCGGUGAAUUUUGGACACGCACCGACUCGGUUUGGGAGGCAGGGAGUGACAAACAUAUUUCUCUGAAAGGGUUUUUGCUGUACUCCCAUGUCUAUUUUAAAAACCUUAGAGACGUUUUAAGUUUCACGUUUUCGUGUGUCUGCUGCACUGAUGUGACGAGUUUGGCGUUUCACAAGCGGAUAAAACGCUCAGGUGUUUGUUUUUCAUAGGUGGAUUUUCUGCCUUUUUUAAAAACCAUUCCUAAGUAGAGCAACGACAGGUUUUCCCCUGCGGUAUAUUUCUUUAUUGCAAAACUCUUGUUAAACCACGUCAGUGUUUUUCUUGCUUUCGUUUUUAAUUAUUUCAUUUCUAACCACCGACAACGCCGAGUGGCCACGUUGGAACAAACAGAUUGAAGAUGGACGAGGCAGAGAAGUACCAACAGAGACUGCAGGCGAUCACUGAGAAGCGUCGUCUGCAGGAGGAACAGGAGAGGGCCAAGAGGGAGAUGGAGGAGGAGCGGCUGAGGCUACAGCAGCUCAAGAGGAAGUCUCUUAGAGACCAGUGGCUGAUGGACGGCCCCUCUUCCCCCACAUCCUCAGAGCCUCGUUCCCCGCUGUGGGGCUCCCAGGCCCAGGAGAUGGAGCAACACAUAGACAAGUAGGAAUCUCCUAUUAUAUACCCCA